UCAUUGUUGCGAGGAAACGUCAUGCGUUCAAAGACAUUUGAUUACGUCAUGACAGGGUUAAAAUGUCAGGGGCUGUCAUGUUUGGUUCAGUCGAGUGACAACCGGUUGUAGACGCAGGACUUCGGAUUUUUUCGUUUGUGAGGUAGUGAGUUUUUUUACAAUUUUUGGGUUUGCAUUGGGGGAUUCCCCGAUUUUUUUGGGAACUUGAGUGAUUUUUUUUGGAAUUGUGGAUCGAGCGGGGGUUUCGACCCUAGACGCAAUAAUCGACCCAAGAAUGUUGGAUAUUGUGAAGAUCAAGUGAAGAUCAGUUUCGAGCAAAAAAGAUGAAUCUCAUUAUUUACCUUUUUCGCAAGAAACACCUCAAUGAGAUGACAUAAGCAAACGGUCGAUUUAUUCAUAAUCGACUCAGAGUCAAAAGAAACCGCACCAUCACAACAACCCUUAGCAACCCUACGAUCUUCAUGACUCUUAUCUUCAUACCAAGGGAAGAAUUUUCUCUCAACACACUGGAGAUGGGAAUACGCGUGAUAUUCAACAAAUUCCGGGAGGUAUCCCACAAGUACCCAGUGGUCAGGGGCAUGGCGGCGUACUCGGUGAUCUGGCCAGCGGGUUGCCUGAUCCAGCAAAAGUUCGUCUCCAAGGAGGAACUCAAUUAUCUCCAAGCUUUGAGGUUCAGUCUCUAUGGGGGACUAUUCGUCGCACCGACUCUCUACGGCUGGCUGACGAUAGCCUCCCGUGUGUGGCCGAAGACCACGUUGAAGUCCGCAAUUACCAAAGCUCUUGUGGAACAAGUCACCUAUGGGCCGGCGGCCAUGUGCUGCUUCUUCUUCGGAAUGAAUUUUUUAGAGCUCAAACCAGUCUCUGAGUGUGUGGAGGAAGUCAAAAGAAAAUUUCUUCCCACGUGGAGGAUGGGCAUCUGCGUAUGGCCAGUCCUCCAAACCAUAAACUUCGUCCUCAUCCCCGAGAGAAAUCGCGUCGUCUACGUCAGCAUCUGCAGUCUCGUCUGGACAUCCUUCCUCGCCUACAUGAAGUCCCUCGAUGUCAAAAGAUUACAAGCCGAAGCACUCCACGAGUACAAACCUGAUUUGCCAACAGCCCCACCACCGGUAAAAACCGAAACUACGAAUGUACAAACACCCACAAGUACCUCGAAAACGAAAGUACCCAGCGCAUCACCUUAAUCCCUAGGAAGAAUCGAAUUAGAAGAAAUUGCCUGUUUUACUUAUGCUCGUUAUCUAGUUAAUUGAAAUUGUACAUAUUUCUAUUUUAUUAUUUAUUGACAAAAAUAUGUGAAGAUAUUUAUAUUGAUGAUUGGUAGAUGUAUACAUUAUUGAAAGUAUUCAGAGUCUUUAGAAUAUUGUUACGAAAUGAUGAGUCAUAUGUUCCCGCGAUCUCCUAUAUUUGACAAUAAAUUGGGUAUAUAUAAAGAUACAAAUUUUUUUUUGCUAAUCAAGACUAAAAUCCCUUUGAGAGGAUGGAUUUGUACGAAAACUUAUGCAGUAGCACAGAAAAUGCUUGACAUGCUUGAUGAUGUUUGAAUUUGACAGACCUUUUGUAGUUUGCGUAUAAGGUAUCUAUUGUCAAACUUCAAAAUGUUUAUCUGUCAAUAGUAUGAGCAAUAGUUAUUCUGGUAAUUUUGUUUUAUAGUUUACAAUAAAUGCACCUGAGGAGGAAUGCCCAGAGCAUUCGAAACGUCGUGCAAU